AUGCCCCCUUGUGGAUCUGAUCUUCUGUUGCUGACUUGGCGUGUGACCCGACCAUUCUCUGCCCGCUGCUUUGUACCGCACUGCUUCCACGGCUACCGACUCGGCUGGUCUGACCAUGCUCUUGCUCAUCCAUCCAUCCACCUUGCCCUGGCAUAUCCGCCUCUUCACAUCAGGCUCUCACCCUGCAGGAACCUCUGGCGGAUUCCUCUACCACGGGCAGGUGUACUCAGGGGCCGCGACCUGGUCCCUGUCUGCUCCAAGUCCAUCCCCACCAUCAGGGGCCCUGGUGAACAAGCAGACUGUGGCUUAGACUCCGCGCUCUGGGGAAUCCUGUCCUGUGGACUGCUAGAGGUACCGCCAGGCGGUUGUUGACA